CAGAGUCCGUCCGCCCUCUGUCAGCGAAGGGUGUGCAAAUCACUCGCCUCCGAACCAUCCCAUCUCUCGCUUUCUCAUAAUUUGAAUUCGCAGAACGAGAGAGAGAGAGAGAGAGAGGGAGGGAGAGAGUAGCAUCUGGGUCUUCUUGAUCGACUCCUUUCAACGGAGGAAGAAGAAUGAAGGAAAAGAACAGAGAGGAGGUACCAAUGGAGUUGAAGGCGCAGGUCGAGCGUAUAAAGGAGAUAUUGCCCGAUUGCACCGACCGGGAGAUUUACGAGGCGCUCAAGGUCUGCAAGAUGGAUCCCGACGACGCCGCUCAGAGACUCCUUUCUCAAGUGGAGACGGAGGAAAACAGAGAGGCGGUACCGAUGGAGGGGAAGGAGAAAGUCGAGCGUAUAAAGAAGAUGGUGCCCCGUUUUGCCGAAGAAUUGAUUUGGGAAGUCCUCAAGCAAUGCAACAUGGACUCCAACCUCUCCAUUCAGAGACUCCUUUCUCAAGAGACUGGGAAAAACAGAGAGAGGUCACCGAUGGAGCGGAAUGAGCAAUUCGAGCGUAUAAAGGCGAUGGUGCCCCGUUUCACCAAAGAAGACCGAGAGGGGGUACCGAUGGAGUGGAAGGAGCAAGUUGAGCAUAUAAAGGAGAUGAUGGCCUGUUUCACCGAAGAAAUGAUUUACGAAAUGCUCGAGCAAUGCUACAUUGACUCCGACCUCACCCUGCCGAGACUCCUUUCUCCAGAAACGCCUAGCAAUUCAGGAUCACUGUUGAAUAAUUUUUCAUCACCUCCGAGCAAUGCCAAGUCAUCAAUAGCUUCUCAGUUGCACAGUGUAAGUUUUGACAAAGGGAAGGAAGUUGUUCGCCGCACAGAGGAUGACGCUGCAACUACGUCAAGAAGUAAUGUCCGAGCCUUGCGUGCCAAGGGUCCUUGGAAUUCCCAUGCAGUGCAAGCUGGUUCUAAUCCAAUGGCUCUUGGACAUGAUGUGGCUAGUUCCUCCAGAGACGAUUCGGGAUAUAAUGAGGCUCUUGGAAGUUCUGAGUUUCUGGAAUAUAAAAUCUUCCCACCGCCGACACAACAGUAUGGAAUAUCAUUCACGCUGAGUGAUUUGGUGGCAAAUGCUGAUCAACCGUCAGAACUUCAACGUCUCCUUAGAUUCCCCUUUCUAGACACCUCAUCUGUACCCUCAAGAUCCAGUGCUGCGGGGUCUCAGCACCCACAAACAUCUACGUCAGAGAGUGGACUAUCAGAAGCCACCCCAAGUAAUUUGCUGAGACGUUCCAUUCAAUCUACUCCGAGAAAUGCACUUGAUCUUCCCUCCUCGCGAUUCCAUCAUGCCCACUCUGUAUCUAAUGCACAAUCUUUCACAUCAAGUGCUUCCAUCCAUCAGUCACUAGAGACCCCGAUUCUAGGAAACAAUAUGUCCACUGGCCGUGGAUUUACACGUCCAAACAUAGAACUGAGCUCCAAUGAGCCUCAGUGCCCCCUGCAACAACAUGGUUCCAUGGACGAGGGUGACAAUAUGCAUCAGAACUUUGUAUAUGAUAUGCCAUCUGCUCAACAAGAGGUGCAUCAAGGUCGUAGCUCGUCUCGGGCCAAUGCUGAUGUUUCUGGUCGGGGAAGCUUCCUGGGCGCGGGAAGUACACCUCAUCCAUAUCUGACUAAUUCACCUACACCCUCUGACAUAUCCAGGACCGGCUACGACUCUGCAUUGCACUAUCAGGCUCAGCAUCAGCAGAGAAAUGAUUGUCGCCCUGCAGGAAUGAACUAUAACAACGCUGUAUGGAACCAGCUGCCUGGUUCUGGAGCAAAGUCUGCGCUCCCCGAGAUCCAACAUGGUGGCUUCCCCGGAUGGGCGCCUCUGCCUGCUGAAGCAAAUAAUCAGCGCGGUGAAGGAUCUUCACUGCAAUAAGCUUAUUAAGGCCACCCGAGCUGGUACCUUCCUGAAACGAGCAUCAUGCUAAAUCAUCAGCGGCU